AGUAUAUAUAUACCGGACCGCCGAAGAAACAAAUCAGUUAAUAUCGAUUUAACGUAAUCAAUCAUGGCUUUCAAGUUUGUAGUUCUCGCUGCUUUCGUGGCUGUUGCCCACGCUGGAUACAUUGCUCAGCCAGCUUUGUCAUACGCUGCUGCUCCUUUGGCUUACACCACAAAGGUGGCUGCCCCAAUUGCUUACGCUCCAGUGGCCAAGACUGUUGUUGCUGAGCCCUCAGCACCAGCCCACUACGAUUACGGAUACACCGUUAGCGACCCCCACACCGGAGACCAGAAAUCUCAACAUGAAUCCCGUCGUGGUGACGUAGUAGAAGGCAGCUACUCUUUGGUAGAUUCUGAUGGAACUCUGCUCCAGCUUACGCCUACGCUGCUCCCUCCCCAGUUGUAACCAAAUACGCUGCUGCCCCAGCUUACACCUACGCUGCUCCUUCUUACCAUCAUUAAAACAGUUAUUGUAACGAAAGAAAGUAGCAAAAUUUAUUUAUUUUGAAAGUCUGAAUAAAACAAAAAUGUACGAUUA